CAAGAUUAGAGUGAAACGUGAUAUUAGUCUCAUACAUAUACUGUGUGCUGAGAGGUGAUCUUGGGUUCCACUGUCUGUCGACGAAUUGAAGAUGACGAAGAUCAUAUUGAUUGUGUUCUUGUCCGUGAUGACUUGUACGUACUCCGAAGCCCGUGAUGAAGGCGAGGACCCUGUGCUUCCUCCUUUGCACCUGAAUUGUACGCAGAGCCUGACGGAAUUCCUCCUGCUGAGACAAGAGACUCACCUCAACAGGAUGGUCUCAGCGGAAGAAGCCACAACGAAGCUUCUGAAGCAGACUCUCGAAACGCUGGUCCAGGUUCGCGAGACGCUGAACGAGGUCAAUGCGAAGAUGGGAGGACAUAUUGAUACGAAGCCUGAUGGUGCCGUUUGCCAGCCUCCCUUCACACGAGUAGGGGAACGCUGUCUCCUGCUGGCCCUUCAGGAGCAGCACACCUGGGCCUCAGCACGACAGUUCUGCGCGGGAUACGGGGCCGACUUGGCUCACUUCUCGGAAGCCAACGCCUUCGCCGCCCUCCUGGAUUACGUCAACACGAUCAACUUCCAGAAGAAAAACAUUAACGUGUGGGUCGGCGGGACAGACGAGGCCGUCGAGGACACUUGGCUCUGGGUCACCGGGGAGCUGAUGCCAAGGGGGCCGCCCUUCUGGGGGACCUACGAUGGAUAUGCUCUACAGCCGAACGCAGGCACGAGUCAAAACUGCGCAGUCCUUUGGAAAGCUGACUAUUACUAUAUGCAUGACCUGCCAUGCACACACAAAUGCGCUCCACUCUGCCAGAAAUGAAGGGGGAAAAAAAAUCUAAUUUCGUAAUCUUUUGUUCAUUCUCACGUAAGGCAUGUAAAUUAUAUUAAAUUUAUGUACCACUU